CCCCCAUUGUACAUCAGAAGCACUUCCUGUUGACAUAAAGGUCAAGGUUAGCAAGAUGGAAGUCCUUGGAAAUGGUUUGAGAAGACUGCUUUUAAAUUCCAGAAACUCUGCGGCAUUAAAGAACUGUCAUGCUGCCACCUUCACCAGGCUGAUGUCGAGUGGACAACAGUUAGAGUAUAUUAUUAAAGAUGUGAAAGGUGAAAAGAAAAAUGUUGGUUUGAUCCAGUUAAAUAGGAGAAAAGCCCUGAAUGCUUUAUGUGAUGGCUUAAUGACUGAAGUUGGACAAGUCCUGAAAGAAUUUGAAGCUGACAGUAAUAUAGGAUGUAUUGUUUUAACUGGCAUGGAUAAAGCUUUUGCAGCUGGAGCUGACAUUAAAGAGAUGGAAGGACAAAACUUUUCUGAUGUAUGGUAUAAAAGCUUUUUAUCACAAUGGAAUUCAGUGGAGCAAUGUAAAAAACCUAUAAUAGCAGCCGUUAAUGGUUAUGCACUCGGUGGUGGGUGUGAAUUAGCCAUGAUGUGUGACAUCAUUUACGCUGGAGAGAAAGCACAGUUUGGGCAACCAGAAAUUACACUUGGGACAAUACCAGGUGCUGGAGGUACACAACGAUUAACAAAGGCAGUUGGCAAAUCAAAAGCUAUGGAAAUGAUUCUGACAGCUGAUAGAAUGUCUGCUGUUGAUGCAGAAAGGGCAGGCUUAGUAAGUAAAAUUUUCCCAGUGGACCAAUUGGUUGAUGAAGCUAUCAAAACAGCAGAGAAAAUCUCCAGUUAUUCAAAGAUAACUACAGCCAUGUGUAAAGAGGCUGUCAAUGCAUCAUAUGAAAUGUCAUUAAAAGAAGGUCUCCAUUUUGAAAAGAGAAUAUUUCAUGCUUCAUUUGCAACAAAUGACAGAAAAGAAGGCAUGACAGCUUUCUCAGAGAAAAGAAAACCAAACUUUACAGACAGCUAACAAUAAGUGAUAAAUAUCAGUGUCUUUCAUAUAUUAAACAGAGCGAAUGUAGUUUCUGAUUGUGUUAUUAUUAAGUUGUGACUAUUGAAGGAUUACAGUUUGUAUGUUUGUAAAAUGUGUACCAUUAUUUAAUUCACAGUUUCAGAAUCUUAAGAACUAUGAAAAAAAUGUCCCAUCAUUGGUAGAAUUUCAAUUGUUUAACGACAUUGUUAGCCAAUCAAAACCUUUGAUCUAAGCUAUUGAAAACACUACCCAAAAUGUAUUAGAUUCUUAAACAGUGAAUUAAAUCCAAUCAUGUUGAUUGCAAGUCAGUUUUAUAUAACAAAUAAAGUAGUGCUUUGGUUUUGUA